AGACCAAAAGUGUGACUGACAGUUUGAAUUACCUCCUAUCCUCAAUGACAUAAGGACAGGAAAAAAACUAGGAUGCCAUUGUAGCUUUUCCGGAUGUUUGAUCUGCCAUUUAUUUCGAUGCCACAGGAAAGAAUAACAACUACAUGAGACCAGUGUCAAGAAGAGCAGUCCUGAAGGAGGAAACGAGUUGGUUGAGGCCAACUAUUUAUGAUCAAGUGGCACUUACAGGUUCCACUAAGCUUUUAUUUGAUGCCCAUGGGUGUGCGCCGAGUGGAGGUGCUGAGGAGAAUAGAAGCCUUCUGUUCUUCUGGUGUCCACUCUUGGCACAAGUAUGGAGGGGAGUUUUGGCUCAUCUUGGAUACUUCAGGCCUCCUCAAAGGUGGGAAAUAGAGUGGCAAUGGUUGUCUGGUGAAGGGAAGAGAGAAGUAUUAGAAGCAAAAGAAUGAAAAUUGCAUUCAGUGCUACUGUGUACUGAAUUUUGAUCAUUUUGAUUGAUUUCAUCUCUUCUGAAAAUACAGUUUGAGCGGAAUGCAAGAACUCAAAUAACCAUGUGGUUUGACAACAAAGAGGAGGAAGCAAGUCUAUUAUGUGAUUAUGUAAGGAGAUAUUACAUUUAAUUGUUGUCCUUACCAAUAUAAAUGUGCACAUAUUCCCCUCCCAGUUACAAUGCACUGUAGACAAACAGGAAGCAUAAGUCUGUUAGUGUCGCAUGGGAAUUGUAUGAAGGAUGAAUCGAAGGAAACAAAUAUCAGAGAACAGAAAAGGAAGGAAAUAGAUAUGGCAAGAAAGGAAACAGAUAUCAGAGAAAAACCACUCAAUUCAAAGCACUAUCUAAGGAAUAACUAAGGCGACGGUCAUAUAUAUGCAUAAGUUUAGGCAUGUAUUUAGGAUCUGAAUAUGUAUUGUAAAUUAUAUAUACCGAUUCCAUUGUACAGAAACCUUAAGUUGAAUACAUUACAAUGUUCCCU